AUUUGUCCCUUAUGAUUUCGGGGAAGGAGUUGGGGCAGAACACAGUGAAAAUAUCGUUGCUGCGAAUCUCAGACGGGUUGUAGAAACAUGGUUUGAUGAAGAACACAAAGAAUAUUUCUAUACAAGACAACCUAUGGCCAAAUAUUUAGACUAUGGUAAUAUAGAAGAUCAACUUAAACUAAGACGAACUUGCAAACCCUUCUCCUGGUUCAUGAAGGAAGUGGCUAGUUCCGUUUACACAGCUUAUCCUAAGCCUUCUCCAAACCUUGAAUGGGGUUCAAUACAACUGGAGAAUGAUAAUCAUAUUUACUGGAGACCCAAGUGUAGGGAUCCUCCGUGUACCAUUCAAUCAGUUCUUUCUCAAUCAGACCCAGUUUUUAGACUUAGCAAGGAUGGGAGGCUAGGCCUAGGUGAACGAUGCCUUGUCCUCGAGGUUCUAGAGAAUGGAAAACCUGGUCUUCAAAUAGGCUUCUGUGAGAAAGGUCAAGAGGAGAAAUGGAGUUAUGACCCUGAACUGAAAUCCAUGAUGCUAACAAUGAAACCGGAGAAGGAGGAGGAGGAGGAGGAUCAGAAUGAGUCUGAAAAUAAAGAUCUCAAGGCUUGUGUUGAGUAUAGUGGACUCAAUCAGAACCUGGAGAUAAAGAAGUGUGACGGGAACCCAAACCAAAGAUGGGUUUGGAAACGGAGAAUAUAAUUUUAAUCUCAUUAAGAUUUUUUUGACAAAACGAACAAAUAACAAUUUAAAUAAGUUUUAAAGAUUUUUACGUAUUAAUAGAAUCAUCUGUUCCAUAAUUGGUACCUCCCACAAUACCCAAAGUACCUGAACAAUCCCUUCAGAGAAUCAUUUUUAGAAACUUUCCUCUCCAAUUCCAAAAUCCAAAGGUUACUCUUAGUCUUAUAAAAAUGUACUUCUCUUUAAAAUUAUAUUUUAAUUUUCUGCAUGCUAUUCAAUUGUAUAUUUUUUGCAUGCUAUUCAAUUGUAUAUUUUUUGCAUGCUAUUCAAUUGUAUAUUUUUGUAUUAUUUAAAGAGUUUGCUAUAAAACUCUUCCGUUCAAUCAUCAAUAAAGAGAGUUAACCAAAUACA